CUGCAUUAGUCUCAACGUCCAUAACAUUCUUUCUUCAAAGCCCAUCAUCCUUGGGCUUAACUUAUUUUUCCUUUAAUUAUCUUAUUCAACACAUCGAAUUAAAAAAAAGUUUGGUUUUUAACAGAUCUAGACCAGAAGGACUGUAAAAUUCACCAUGGAAGAAAUCACAGAUAAAACGCACGAAGAAAACCAAGAAAGCAGUUCCAAUCCUCUGGUUAAACGCAUCCGUAAGCUUCUUUACAAAAAUCUACGUGUUGGUGUUACAGAUGGCCGUGUUUUCGUGGGAAAAUUCCAUUGCCUGGACAAGCAGGGAAACAUUAUCCUGUACGAUGCAGUUGAGUACAGACCCAUCACGAAAAAGAGAUCAUCUUCAUCUUUAUCAGCUUCUUCUGAUAGUAUGGAAAAACGCAACCUGGGGCUGAUUUUGAUAUCCGCCAAGGUUCGAACCUCCUGCCACGUGGAAUGUUCGCUUGAAGAACAGACUUCACUUCUUUCGUUGGAUGAAGCCUGAAUCCUUUUUCGGACUACGGGAUCAUCUGUGUUGAAAGAUUUGAUUGCUUCAAGAACAGGCAAAAGGAUGUUGAGCUGCUCAGAGCUUAUAAUAGCUUUGGCAUGAAGCAUAAACCUCAUGCCAUGAAAUUUGCUGCACUGAAUCAUUGUGUUCUUCAGUAGCUACGGGCAAUAAAAAUAAUAGUUUCUGCACUUCUAAAAUAUUACUGGAAAUUUGUAGGUCGGGUUAUUUGGUGGUAACUGGUAAGUAUCCAUGUCAACAAAUAUAAAUGUAUAUUUUACCGUGUAUCAUCCUAUAAAUAUUCAAUAAAAAUUUGUUGU